AUGACAGGUGUCAACAAGACGAUUGCAGCUGACUGUUGCAACCACACAAAGAUGAAGAGACGACCUUUAUCAUCACAUCAAUCGCGUCUCCCAAAUAGGACACGACCAUCCUUUUUCACACAAUUAUCAUCAUCUCCUUCCACUUCAGUAGCCACCAUCAUGUUUUAUAUCUUUGCAUUAUCAUCGUUGCUAUCCAUACUAUCAUCAUCAUCACAAUAUUCCAUUAAUGCUCAAGUCAUUCCACAAGCGUACUCUGAAAUUUAUGACAAUGCUGUCGUAAUGCCACCGACAUCAUCCAAAUUACCUGCGAAAAUGGUUUUAGAAUGGGAAGAGAGAAGUACCAUGACUGAUCUAUUGCCCUUCUCAUCGAGUUGUGCACUGAAUGGAUAUGUAAAUACUGCAGACUCGACCGAUGUGAAUAAUAAUGUAAAUAUGCGUGGAUUGAAAAGUUUGAGAUGGCGACUCAGUGUUGGAAUUUCCAGUCGAUUUGUCAAUGUGUUUUAUGGCUUUUCUGAUGGAAGCAAUGGAGCUCUUUGGAGUGCCAUCAAGAAGGUUUCUGCUCAAUCGGCACAACGAAAAGAUAAUGUCUAUUCAUCGAAUGUGAAAGGAAAAUGGACAAAAACUAUGAAUGGUGCUUCCACUGCCACAACGGAUGCAACUCUUUCUGUGAACUAUUACUCGUCUUUGGGUGGCUAUCGAGAUGGUUCUCGUCUCGGUGAAGUGAAUCCCAUUUCUCGUCCAAACUUUGCCAAUUAUGUUCCCUUGUCUUCUCUCAAUCUCACGUUCGGAGAUGUGUUUACAAGCACUAAAAUUUUGUAUAACACUCAGGGAAUUACCAGUGCAAGAAAUUUGGUUCCUCUCCUUGUGGAUACCUCUGCUCUCAAAGCUGCAUCCAAUUUAAGUGUCACCGUUGGUUCGAUCAUUGAAAAGAUUGGAAGUGGAAAUCGAUCGAUUGAAGACACCUCCUUUGUAGAUUCGAAUGGUUUUUCAGUGCCAUACUUUUUGAGAACUCGAUCCGAAAUUACAAUGGAUAUCAUUCAAAAAACUGGUCGUAAUGCCCUUCUUAAUUCGUAUGAAAAUCAAGUCACUACCUAUGAUUUCACAUUCCGUACCACGAAUUGCUAUCAAGACAUGGUUGGAAGCAGCAGUUCUUCUUCAAGCAAUAAGGAAAUUUAUUUCUUUGCUCUCGUGGGUAGUUAUUUCCCAUUGAUGAAUGCAACUCUUACUCGACGACUUGCUACCGAUUGGGACAGCAACUUUGCUCAAUUUAUUGUCGUGUAUAACUUGACUGAUUUUUUCAAUCAACCCACUUCAUUUGCCACAACAACAAGUUCUUCAGAUUCCACCUCGAACAAGUUCAACAUGUGGAAUGACCAGCCCAUGAGUGAAAGUGCAGAAAUGCAAAGUCAACAAUCUGUUUCUUCAUUCCAAGAUGCAUCCGCUGUUGAAAUUUAUUCCAUGUUCCACUAUAAUCCUACUGAAACUUACAAACAAUUGCGUUAUUUGAGAAUGUCCAUUGUGCUCUUCUUCAGUUUGUUGAUUAUGGUCAUUCUUGUCCUUUCAAGAAAGAGUCAACCUGUGAAAUCUCGUUUCUUGAUUAACGGUUCUGUAUGUGCAGUCGCCAUUGUGUAUGGUUUAUUAGGUAUCAUUUUCGCUGCUGCCUUACCCAGUUAUGACAGUAUUGUCAGUUCUAUGGAAGUCCUCUUUUAUUUGGUUUUGGGAUUCUUGUAUGUGCUUUCAGCCAUGAGAUACUUCUUCUCGAGAAAUUUGUAUCGUACCAUGAGAAUUAACUUUUCAUCAGAUUCCAAAUCCAAGAAGAAGGACAAGAGAAUGACUCAUCAUGGAAAAAAGAUAUCAAAGGGAUCUCAAUCAUUUGAGGAACGUCAAUUGAAGUUAUUGAGAUUGUUGGCAAAUCUUGCAUCUUGGAAGGUCUUUCUUGUGGGUGUCAUUCUCGUGUUGGUUGUGAUUUGUGCCCUCUCAUUGUUCAUUUUGAUUUCAGUGGUCACUGGAACUGCUUCCAAUUUCGAUCAACCCAUUUCUACCAUUGCCACUUACACGAAAUUAGCUGGUUUAUUGGGAUUGGUCGUUCCAACUGCCAUUCUCUCCAUUAUUGUGGAUGCCAUCAUUAAUGCAAAGAAGGUCGUCAAGAAAGGACUUCAUUGGUACCUCAUUCAAGACGAUCCACUCUUCUUUAGAUUGGAAUUUGGUGUGUUCAUUCCAGCUGUCAUUUUCGGAGUGUUGCUCUUCAUUUUGGAUCAAUAUUAUAACACGUUGAAUUGGUUUGACAUGAAUCAACGUGCUGUUGUUUACUUGGUUCACGGCUUGAUUUAUUCACUUUUUGAGUUUUCACUUGUCAUGUUAGGUUGUGGUGGAUUUAUUGCAGUGGUUUACAUUAUUCAGUACAGCAGAAUGGCAAUUCGAAGAAAAUCCUUACUUCCAGUUCCAGAAUCAAAACUCAACGAUGGUUCAACACUGGGAAAGAAGACAGAAUUUGAACUCUUCAUGUGUGACGAUGAAGCUCGUGUCAUGUUACAACAAUAUUGUGAACGUGAAUUUUCUUUGGAAAAUUAUUUACUUUUCGAACUUGUUGAAGAAUUGGCCGUGUUAGCUUCUCAGGAACAUCCAGGAUCGGUCAACAAGAUUGCCAUUUCACCUGCACUUGCAAAACCAUCAGUUGUGACUGGAGAAAUGGUUGAAGAACGAGAGGUCCUUUCCACAACUUCCAUUUCAGUCAAGAAUGGAAAGAGCUCAUCCGGUAGCGCCAUGUUAUCUUCCGAUAAUACUCUGGUCAACUCAUCUUCUGGUUCUCUCUCACCACGUCCAAGUCAUCAACCACCCGAACAACAACAUUUAAACGUUGACGAACCUGGUUCUCCAACUUCUCCUUCGAGCGUUGUGUCAGCUUCAGAACCAUCUUCUCCUUCUGUUAAGAAUUUGAUGAAGAAUAACAAUAGAGAAAGUGUCACACAACAAAUUGAUCGAAUUAUUUUGAAAAUUUUAAAGACCUACUUGAAUGAAAACUCUGUUUUGGAGGUCAACUUGCCAAAUACCACUAGAAAAAUGGUAUUAUCCUGUUUUAGAAAGAGACUUUAUGCUGACGAUGUCAGUAAAUUCAGUGGUUCCAAAUCGAUGGAUCACAUUCCAGAACGAAUGGAUGACAAACCAGUGGAAACACUUGACAUGACAGUUUUAGAUACUUUGAAACAAGAUGUAUGGCUUAAUUUGAAAGAUACAUUUGGAAGAUUACAACUCACUCAAGAAUAUAAUUUGUAUAAGGCAAAGAAGACUUUGGAAAAGGAAUUGAAUGUCGUUUAA